AUGCAAUCAACGACUAGUAAUACAGGAGGAGGAAGUAAUAAUAAUAAUAAUUAUCUCCAUGAAGAUCCUUCAACUCCUUCAAGUGAUCCAGAGGCAAAUCCAAAAUAUAUCCAACAAUAUUUACGAUCAGUUAUUAUUCAUUCUUUAGAUACUUUGAAUUAUAAAAAUGCUGAAUUUGCAAGUGAAAGAUUAAUAGCAAUAAUUGAAGCAGAUCAACAACAACAACAACAACAACUGCCUGAUUUACAACAAGAAAGUGAAGAAAUGUUGGAUUCGAUAUAUUUAUAUUGUCUUGUUUUAUUUAAACAGGAUAGAUUUAAAACAUGUUAUUAUAAAUUGAAUAAUUUGAAAAAAUUUGACUAUCAUUUAGGUUGUUCAUUUCUAUAUGGGAAAUGUUGUUUAAAAUUGGGAAAGUUUAAAGAGGGGUUAUUUCAUUUAAUUAAAACCAAAAAAAUUCAUGAAAUUAAUGGUUCAAAACAACAUCAUCACCAUCACCAUCAUAGUAAUCAUCAUCAUCAACAACAGGGCAAUAAUCGCUAUCUGAGAUUUAAUUAUGAAUUUAAUAGGAGUAUAAAUCCUGAUAUUUCUAUUAUUUAUCAUUUAUUGGGAGAUUUAUAUCGUGAGAUUCAUGAUGUGAAAAAUAGUUGUGUUAAUUAUACUCAAGCAUUAAGAAUUAAUCAAUUUGAUUUCGAAGCUUUUCAAGAAUUAUGUAAAUUGGGUGUCAAUAUUCGAGUUAAAUCAAUUUUCAAAUUUCAAAAUCAACCUAAUAAUAAUAAUAGUAAUAGUAAUACAAGUGUUAAUUUAGGUAAUGGAAUUUCAUUAACUACGACAUCUAAUACAAAUAAUGAUGGUUCAAUGAUUCCCGAUUUAACUAAUCCAUUUAAUGAUAAGAAUUUAAAUUCUAAAAUGAUGACUCCUUCAAUACAUGUUGAUGAAUUUAAUUUUUCAACUCCAAGAAUUAAAAAUCCAAGUAUACCAGAUGCACCAUUAAGAAAAUCAAAUUUGAAUAAUACUGGAAUGACUAGCUCCGGCGGGGGUGUUGGGGGAUCAAAUUCAUUGAAUAAUAAUAAUUUAGAUUUUGAAUUUGCUAAACCUUCAUAUCCUGAUGAUAGAAGGAAAAGCACAAGUGGAGGAAACACUUAUUCAAGGAUAACAUCGAGGUUAAUUUCACAACCGCAACCUAAUCAUCAACAUCAAGGACACCAUAAUCAACAACAACCGCCAUCAUCUUCCUCAUCUUCAGCACAAGUACGACAACAAUCUACAACACAAAGUGCUGUUGAGACGCCUAAGAAGAGAAACUUGAAGAGAAAUAAUUCAGCCACUUUGGAAGCAGUACAUCAACCAACUACAUCUUCGUCUAGCUCAACGGUAGCAUCUAACCCAUCUUCAUCUAAUUCAUCAAUUAUAAUAACUAAAGAAAUUGAAAAAAGUGAGAAAUAUUUAUUACAAUUGUAUCAAAUUUUGGGGAAAAGUUUUCGAAGUAUGAGCAAAUAUGAUUGUUAUAAAGCAAUUAGGAUAUUAGAAACAUCACUUAGUAAUCAAGAGAAACAAACACCUUGGGUAUUGAGUAAAUUAGGUCGAUUACAUUAUGAAAUUGUCAAUUAUCCUCAAUCCGAAUAUUAUUUUAAUAAAUUGAGAAAAUUAGAUAGAACAAGAUUGGAAGAUAUGGAAUAUUUCCUGACAUUAUUAUGGCACUUGAAUAAAAAAGUUGAGUUGACAUAUUUAGCCAAUGAAUUGCAUGAUUUGAAUCCAAAUUCAGCUAUCACUUGGUGUACUAUUGGAAAUUUAUUUUCAUUAACUCAUGAACCAGAUGAAGCCAUUAAAUGUUUUAAUCGUGCCAUUAAAUUAGAUAAAAGUUUCACAUAUGCUUAUACUUUGAAAGGGCAUGAAUAUUUCAGUAACGAUAAUUAUGAGAUGGCAUUGGAGAAUUUCCGAAUUAGUUUAGUUUUGGAUCCACGUCAUUAUAAUGCGUUAUAUGGUAUUGGUAUGGUUUAUAUAAAUCUUGGAGAUUAUGAAAAAGCCGAUUAUCAUUUCCGUAAAGCAAUUUCAAUUAAUCCAAUUAAUAUUAUAUUAAUUUGCUGUUGUGGUAUGGUUUUAGAAAAAUUGAAUAAGAAAAAUUUAGCAAUUAAGCAAUAUGAAUUGGCAAAUAAAUUGCAACCAUUAAACCCAUUGCCUAUAUUUAAAUUGGGACAAUUAUAUUUUAGUCUACAACAAUAUAAUCAAGCAUUGAAAAAUUUUGAAAUUUUGAAAAAUCUAGCACCAGAUGAAGCAAGUGUUCAUUUCUUAUUGGGACAAUUGUAUAAUUUACAAAAUGAUAAGUUUCUGGCCAUUAAAGAAUUUACAAUUGCUUUGAAUUUAGAUCCAAAAGGUAAUUAUCUAAUCAGAGAAGCAAUGGAAUCAUUGAAAAGUUAA